AUGAGAAUCCCAAUUUUAUUAGCUGCUCAAAUCCAAUCUACUCUCGCUUCCACCAGUUCCUCCUCGACAAGUACUAAAGAGAGUUUGAGUAUUUCUGGUCCUUCAAAACUCCAAUCUUGUACACCAACAACAUUCAAUUGGACAUCAACUUCCGCGCCAUACACCAUAUCCAUAAUUGAAAAAUCCACUCAACAAACUGACCAAGACCAAGACCAAGAGGAAUUGGAAAUGGUCACUUUGGACGAAAAUAAGGUGACUUGGAUAGUCGAUGUCGUACCUGGAAAUCAAGUUAGCAUGCUCGUUAAAGAUUCUAAAGGGAAUACAGCAGAAACUUUAAGUUGGACUGUAGAACAUGGUGGUAUUGAUUGUCUUGAUCUCGAUUAG